CUGCAUCCCCAUUUCAACUCCGUUGCGAUACAUUAACAGACUACAAUAGAAACACAAAAGUAACCAAAAUGGCCGACUCGUCUUCGUCUUCAUCAUCAGCGCCGGCGACGGUGACGGCACCGUUCUGGACUACUAUGCUAUCGGGAAAAACGGACGCAGAUAAAGAGGAAAUGCUCGACCGGCAGCUGACUAGGCUCGCGCUCUGCGAUGACUCGAAGUUGCAAGACUUGCUCUCCAAGCUUCUCCCUCUCUCUAUCGCAUCGCUCUCCUCUCCUUGCACUCCUCUUCGCAACAAAGUAAUUGAGAUCCUAAGCCAUGUGAACAAAAGAGUGAAACACCAACCAGAUAUUGGUUUGCCCUUAUUAGAGUUAUGGCAGUUGUACGAGGAAUCUAGUGCAUUUUCAAUGGUCAGGAACUUUUGUAUUGUGUAUAUUGAGAUGGCAAUAGAACGUGUUCGAAAAGAGGAAAAGGAAAACAUGACACCUACUCUUUUAGCUAGCAUUUCAAAAGUCCCUACUCAGCAUCAAGAGAUACUAUUGAGAAUUAUUACAAAGGUAAUUGGCGAGUGCCAUUCAAGUCAUCUCAAUGAUGAAGUUGUUGCAACAUAUAGGAAACUCGGUGGGUUGCAUGACAAUGAGAUCUUUCUUGAGUUUUGCCUUCAAAUGAUUUUAUAUCAACCAAUUCUGCAGAGUGGGGCUUGCCCAGCUGGGUUAUCAAUUACUCAAUGCAACCGUGUCACUGGGAAACAACAAUUGACAAGUGAUACACUGCGUGCUAGAAAGAUAGGGAUCUUGAAUAUCGUUGAAGCUAUGGAAAUUGCUGCUGAACUUGUUUAUCCACUAUACAUAGCUGCCUGUGCUGACAGUCAAGAAUCUGUUGUUAAGAAAGGGGAGGAGCUUUUGAAGAAGAAAACUUCUGGUGUGAACUUGGAUGAUGUGAACCUGAUAAAAAAAUUAUUUUUGCUGUUUAAUGGUACCACAGGUUCUGAACAAAUUCCUCCAGAGUCUAAAGUCACCCCUGCAAAUGCAUCUUUGAGAGUGAGACUGAUGUCUGUUUUCUGCCGAUCAAUUUCAGCAGCAAACAGUUUCCCAUCAACAUUACAGUGCAUUUUUGGCUGCAUAUAUGGAAACAAUACCACCUCAAGGUUGAAGCAGUUGGGAAUGGAGUUUACAGUAUGGGUCUUUAAAUAUGCAACAAUGGACCAGUUGAAGCUUAUGGGCCCUGUUAUCUUGACUGGGAUUUAUAAAUCUCUUGAUGGCUAUUCAGCACCAGAAUCAGAUGCUGUUGCUAGGGAUACCAAAGCUUUUGCCUUUCAAGCAGUUGGAUUGAUUGCACAACGAAUGCCUCAACUCUUUAGAGAUAAAAUUGAUACAGCUGUCUGGCUUUUUGAUGCUCUGCAAUCAGAGGGCCAGUUUCUCCGUCUAACUAUUCAAGAAGCAACCAAUUCUCUUGCUGUUGCUUACAAGGAACAAAGUGAAGUGCGUUUUUGUGCAAUAAGAUGGGCAACAAUAUUAUUUGACAUGCAACAUUGUCCUAGCAGAUUUAUUUGUAUGCUUGGAGCAGCAGAUCCAAAACUGGAUAUAAGGGAAAUUGCUUUGGAAGGAUUAGGUCUUGAUGAAGAUCAAAGGAAGGCUGUUAGCCAAAAUAGCAAUUUGCAUUACCCCAAACUUUCUGAUAUGCUAAACUAUAUAAUUGCACAGCACCCAGCAGUUCUGCAUUCCACUAGUGUUGGGGAGACAGCGCUUCUCUUUCCUUCUAAAUCUUACAUUGCUAUGAUCAAGUUUUUGUUGAAGUGCUUUGUGGCAGAAGAGGAAGAAUAUAAUUUGCAUUUGCCAGAAGAUUUUGAAUACUCAUGUUCAGUGGACCGGUUCUGUCUGCUGCUAGAGCAUGCAAUGGCAUAUGAAGGCUCUGUUGAGCUGCACACUAAUGCCUCUAAGGCAUUAAUAACAAUUGCUUCCUCUAUUCCCCAAGUGAUAGCAACUCGCUAUGCAGACAAAGUGUCUUGGUUGAAGAAAUAUCUGGGCCAUAUUGACUUUGAUACACGUGAAUCUAUAUCACGCUUACUUGGAAUUGCUUCUUGUGCACUUCCUCUUGACACUUUAUCUAACCUUGUUCAAGAUUUGAUAUCCUCUGUUAGUGCAGCACCUAAGUUAAGGUUUGAGAUGGAACAUGGACUUCUAUGUGCUCUGGGAUAUAUUACUGCAAAUUGCAUGUCAAGAAAACCUUCUAUUCCUGAGUCAUUGCUUCAAAGUGUACUUAAGUGUCUAACUGAUGUUGUCAACUUGGAGACUCCUUCAUUGGCUUCUAUAGCAAUGCAAGCACUAGGUCAUGUUGGACUUUCUGUUCCACUGCCUCCAUUGCUUCAUGGAUCCAAUCCAGUUGCCAUAUUGACCGUUUUGAAUACAAAAUUGAUCAAGCUUCUUGCCGGUGAUGAUAUUAAAGCUGUUCAACGGAUUGUUAUAUCCUUGGGGCAUCUAUCUUUUAAGGAGAGUUCCUCUGCACAUUUAAAUAAUGCCCUUGAUCUGAUUUUUAGCCUUUGCCACUCAAAGGUAGAAGAUAUCUUGUUUGCUGCUGGGGAAGCUCUUGCAUUUUUAUGGGGUGGUGUCCCUGUGACUGUUGAUAUGAUUCUUAAAACGAACUAUACUUCUCUUUCUACGAGUUCAAAUUUUUUGAUGGGAAAUGUCUUUUCCUCGUUGCCAAGUUCUAUCAAUAUGGACUAUGACAAAAGUGAUGAUGUUCGUGAUAUUGUUAGAGAUGCAAUUACCAGAAAGCUCUUUGAUGUUCUAUUAUACAGUAGCCGAAAGGAGGAGCGUUGUGCUGGAACUGUAUGGCUACUAUCACUGACAAUAUAUUGUGGCCACCAUCCAACUAUCCAGAAACUGCUUCCAAACAUCCAGGAGGCGUUUUCACACCUUCUAGCAGAGCAGAAUGAGCUCAUACAGGAGCUGGCAUCUCAAGGUCUUAGCAUUGUAUAUGAGAUUGGUGAUGCUUCUAUGAAGAAAAACUUAGUUGAUGCUCUUGUUGGUACCUUAACUGGCUCGGGGAAGAGGAAAAGAGCAGUUAAGCUUGUUGAAGAUUCUGAAGUGUUUCAAGAAGGUUUGAUUGGUGAAAGUCCUACUGGCGGGAAGCUGAGUACUUACAAGGAACUUUGUAAUUUGGCUAAUGAGAUGGGGCAGCCAGACUUGAUCUACAAAUUCAUGGAUUUAGCUAAUUACCAAUCCUCUAUGCAUUCUAAAAGAGGUGCUGCUUUUGGGUUUUCUAAGAUAGCCAAAUAUGCAGGGGAUGCUCUACAACCAUACUUACGUUCUCUGAUUCCAAGACUUUUUCGCUACCAAUAUGAUCCUGAUAAAAAUGUGCAGGAUGCAAUGAUGCACAUCUGGAGAUCGCUGGUUGCAGAUUCAAAGAAGACUAUUGACGAACAUCUUGACCUUAUUAUUGAAGAUCUUUUGGUCCAGUGUGGAUCUAGACUUUGGCGUUCAAGGGAGGCUUCUUGUCUUGCACUUUCAGAUAUAAUACAAGGGAGAAAAUUUGAUCAGGUUAAGAAGUAUUUGAGAAGAAUAUGGAGUGCUGCUUUUCGUGCCAUGGAUGACAUCAAGGAAUCGGUACGGAAUGCUGGUGAUAGAUUAUGCCGUGCUGUCACUUCAUUAACACAGAGAUUAUGCGAUGUCUCUCUCACUGAGAUCGUGGAUGCAAAACUAGCAAUGGAUAUUGUAUUGCCCUUGUUGAUUACAGAAGGUAUAAUGAGCAAAGUUGAAAACAUUCGCAAGGCCUCCAUUGGAGUGAUUACAAAGCUAGCAAAGAGUGCUGGUAUCUCACUUCGCCCACAUUUGCCUGACCUGGUUUAUUGCAUGCUGGAAAGCUUAUCAAGCCUGGAAGACCAAGGACUGAACUAUGUUGAGUUACAUGCUGCAAAUGUUGGAAUACAAACACAGAAACUUGAAAACAUACGCAUAUCAAUAGCCAAAAGUUCUCCAAUGUGGGAAACACUUGAGCGUUGUAUAGAUAUUAUUGAUGCUCAUUCAUUGGAAUUAUUGAUUCCUCGUGUUGCUCAGCUGGUUCGCAUUGGUGUUGGCUUAAACACAAGGGUUGGUGUAGCGAGUUUCUUAAGCUUAUUGGUUCAGAAAGUUGGUUCUGAUAUCAAGCCAUUUAUACCCACGCUACUGAAGCUCCUAUUUCAUGCAGUUAAGGACGAAAAAAGUGCUACUGCAAAACGUGGGUUUGCAAGUGCUUGUGCAACAGUACUGAAAUAUGCUACUCCUACUCUGGCCCAGAAAUUAAUUGAGGAUACUGCUGCUUUGCAAAGUGGUGAUAGAAGUGCUCAGAUUUCAUGUGCAAUUCUUUUGAAAAGCUACUCAUCCAAUGCUACAGAUAUUUUGAGUGGAUAUAGUGCCGUAACUGUGCCUGUUAUUUUUAUUUCAAGAUUUGAGGAUGAUAAGACAGUUUCUGGUCUAUAUGAAGAAAUGUGGGAAGAGAAUAUGAAUAGUGAGCGAAUAACUCUUCAACUCUAUUUGGGUGAAAUUGUGAAUUUCGCAAGUGAAGGGAUUAUGUCAUCCUCAUGGUCAAGUAAAAGGAAGGCAGCCCAGGCAAUUAGUAAACUCUGUGAGGUCCUUGGUGACUCAGUGUCUUCACAUCAUCAUGUGUUGCUCACGUCUCUUAUGAAGGAAAUUCCUGGCCGUUUAUGGGAGGGUAAAGAGGCCUUACUGUAUGCAUUAUCUUCUCUUUGUAAAUCAUGCCAUGAAGCAAUUUCUGCUGCUGAUCCUGACACACCAACUGCCAUUUUGAAUCUUUUAUCUUCUGCAUGUACUAGAAAAGCAAGCAAGUAUCGUGAAGCUGCCUUUGACUGUCUUGAGCAGGUUAUUAAAGCAUUUGGUAUUCUAGACUUCUUCAGCAAGGUUUUCCCCUUAUUACAUGAAAUGUGCUGCUCCACAACUUCAACUGGUGAUGUUAAACCAGAUGAGGAAGAAAAUUGGUCCACAGGACAUGAUAAAAUUGUGAAUUGCAUUACUGCUGCCAUACAUGUAGCAAGGUUGAAUGAUAUCCUUGAACAGCAGAAGAAGUUGUUAAAUGUUUUCUCAAUUUCACUUUCAGCUAGUGUUCCAUGGAUAGUUAAAAUCUCAGUUUUCACAUCAAUUAAAGAGCUAUGUUCAAGGCUUCGGGAUGCAAUUAACAACGCCCAAGAUUCUUCUCUUCAAGAAAGCAUUAUCUCUUUUGUUCAUGAGUUGUUCUUCGAGACAUCUUCCAAAGUGCUAGAGUGUAUACGAACAAUUAAAAUAGCCCAGGUCCAUAUAUCUGCAUCGGAGUGUCUUUUUGAAAUCAUAGAUCUGCUAGCGGGAGCUCCAGCGGUGCAGCUGAGAGAAGUUGGAUUUAGGUCUGAGCUUUUGCAAGUGGCUGAAAUGGAAAAAAAUGAGCAGGCAAAGUCUACGUUGAAGAAAUGUAUUGAUAUCCUAAAAACUCUGGAAGAAAAUGGUAGGAUAUCCGGUUGAAAGCUUUGAAAGUUUGAUGCCCAUUCAGCUACACAGAUCACUAAUUGGUAAAAUUUCCAUUAAAAAUAUCUGAAAUGCCGAUAUUGUGCCAUGAGAUCUUAUAUGUAGCUGCACAUGCACUAGGUAAAACGUUUGAUCUAGACAGUGACACUCCAGUGAUUUUAUAUUCAUGCUUUGUAAGGAUUAAAAGAGGUAGUUAAUCAAUAUAUGCUUUUGUUUUUUUC